AUGGCGCAAGUUGAAAAGCUUCGAAAAGCAUCCGAUAGUGGAUCGUGCUUCGAUGACGAAGAUUUCGACAUCGAGGCGAACAAGGAACUCACUAAGGCUGUAAAGACCUUUCGCUUGAAGGACCGAUCGGGCUCGGCUAGCUUCAUUGAUGAAGGAUCCGACGCUUGCGAUGUGAAACAAGGUCAACUCGGAGAUUGCUGGUUUCUUGCUGCGCUUUCUUCAAUCGCGGCGAAAGAUCAGUCGGGAACAAAAGUUGCCAAAAUCAAGGAAGAUUCUAUCAAAAGAGUUCUUCAGACUGGCUUCAAUACCACGAUGUUGGCGAAAGGCGCUGGUGGAUACCAUUUCAAGUUCUUCCGCAUGGGCGAGUGGGUCGAUGUGGUGAUCGAUGAUAAGCUCCCGGAUAGACAUGAAGGCAAAAUAAACCGAGCUAUCGAAUCUAAGAAUGGCGAGUGGUGGGUGCCUCUCGUUGAAAAGGCAUACGCUAAGUUUCAUGGUGGGUACAACAACAUUGUCGGCGGAGAGACAGCCGUAGCACUGACCGAACUGAGUGGAGGAAUCGCUGUAGAUGCGAACAAUUUGGACAGUACCGGUGUCAAUCUCGGUGAUCUUCUAAAGAAACUCCAACGAAACUCACUCAUCACAACUUCAAAUCGAGAUGGCGCCGGAAACGAAAAAGUCACGAAGGGACUAGUUUCGGGACAUGCUUACUCUUUGCUGCUUGUGGACACAAUGACUUUGUCAGACGGAAGUAAGUUGGAUAUGGUCAAGAUUCGAAAUCCGCAAGGGCGUGGCGAAUGGGACGGCGCCUGGAAUGAUGAUGACACGAAGUGGGCCGAUGUUUCUGAUGACGAAAAGAAACGACUAGGGGUAGUCAACUCAAACGACGGGUCUUUUUGGAUGGAACUUGAAGAUUGGGUCGAUGAAUUCGAAAACUUGACCAUUUGUGCCUUGCCUGGCUUAGACGUCAAUGACGAAGAUGGUGAUAUUUCUGAAGAAGAGAAAAAUAGCCGAGAUGUGCGAGUAAGUGGAACCUUCCCACCAGGAGCCCAGAAUGAUCCUCUCUCGGGAGGGAACAACAAAAAUCCAGAUCUGUCAAGUCAAAUUGAGCUUUCAGUUGGUGAUUACGGCCAAACCGACACAAGACUUAUUUGGCUACAGAUACUCAUUGAUUCGCCUGUAAAAGUAAAACGAUCUGUGCUGGUAAAUUUCUGGGCAACAACAAGCAAAUCCGGAGACGAUCCUUUCAAUCGCCCUCAGAGUGGAACUCCAGACUUCAAAAAACUUCAAAAAGUUGAGCCAGUCUUCCCCAAUAAGUCAGGCCAUCAACCGUAUCCCUACAGCCAUAAUGGCUAUCUUCUCGAUGUCGCUCCAGGAAAAUAUCUCAUCACUGUUUCUACCAAACUGAAGGAGCCAACAACCGAUCCAACUAACUUCAUUGUGCGAGCGAUGGGAUCGAACCUCAAGCUUCGCCCAGUCACAGAAGCUUUCUUCUGA